AAUAAAAAAUUUCGGACAUCACAAAUGAACCAUUUCAUGAAUCAAACCAUAAAAAUGGAAAAAGUCAACUUAGACACUAAUCUUUUGUCUGGCAUUUUAUUGAAUGCACCAUCCAAUGUCCAAAUACAAGUGUUACCCGGUCAAAUUAUUCAAAAUAUCCUUGGGCAACAAAUGUAUAUUCAUUCCAAUGUUCAAAAUACAAAUCAUCUAUUACAAUAUGAUACACAGAACAACCAACAAUUGCAGCUAUUACAACUUCCUCCAACACAACCACAAUUGAUUCAAGUAUCAGCUAACGGCCAAACAUUUAUUUAUCAACUGACACAAGUUGGUAAUGAACAAGUUAUACUCCAGCCACAACAACCGUUGCCAACGUUAAUUGGCACAAAUGUAAAUAUAAUGCAGUUAGAUAAUACAAUUACUAAUUAUUCUCCAUUAGUAGUUACUCAGUCAACUAUGGCUACUAUACAACAGGGAGUUCUUCAACAAAAUAGCUUAAAGAUUCUACAAGAGACACCUUUAACAUCAAUUUUUCCCGAAGAACCUCCCUUAUAUGUAAAUCCCAAACAGUAUAAUAGAAUUAUGAAAAGAAGACAAGCUAGAUCAAAAUUAGAAGCUGAAGGGAAGAUACCCAAGACUCGACAAAAAUAUAUGUAUGAAUCUCGUCAUAAACAUGCUAUGAAUCGUGCACGAGGAGAUGGUGGUCGUUUUCAUUCUGGAUCAUUUCAGAAAUUAAAYAAUCCGUCAACAUUGUCAACUAUUGGAAUUCAACAAAACCAACCGAGUCAAAAUCUAACGGACUCAAAAUCCAACAAUCAAACACAAUUAUUAUCUGGCUGUUAACCAAAUAUUUAAUUGCACAUAAUAUUAUGUACUUUUGUAUAACAGUUUAAUUUAUUCGACAAAUAGUACUGAAA